AUGUCAGAUAUAGAAACAAACAAUCCAAUACUAGAUCAAGAAGAAGAUUUAGAUAAUCCAUUAAGAAUAAUUCUAGUAAUUGAUCAUCCAGAAAAUAAAGAAUUAAAUGAAAUGGAAGAAAGAUUAUUAGAUUCAAUACAAAGUUUUAAACAAAUGGAUUUAUUUUUUGAUAAAUUUGAUGAAAAUAUAGCUAUGCCUAAUGAAUCACAUAUUAAAUAUGAAGUUGGAAGUGAUGGAUUAGUUGUUAUUAUUGUUGAUAAUUUGAAAUUACGUGAUGAAGUUUUAACUUUUAUUGAUGGAUAUACUAAUAAUGAUGAAAAAUCUGAUGAAUCUGAAAAUGAUGGAAAUAGGCUGGAUAAAAAGAAGAUGAAGAAAACGACAUAG